AUGUCUCUCAAAUUCUCCAAACCUCUGUUUGAUUCUUUCUCAUGUCCCUGGCAAGAAUCAAAUAUUGAGCAAAAAGGUGCAUUUUUAUCCUAUGUUCUUGGUAUUAUAGGUUUACUAUGGUUUCUUUGGCUUUUCACUAACAAGUCAAAAAAGGGACAACCCCCAUUGCCACCGGGGCCUAAAGCUUUGCCUUUACUAGGUAAUCUCCAUUCUGUUGAACCUCAACUUCACACCUAUUUUGCUUCUCUUUCCCAAACUUAUGGCCCCAUUUGUAGACUCUGGCUUGGUAAAAAACUUGGCAUUAUUAUUACUUCGCCUGCCUUAGCUCGCGAAGUUCUUAAGGAACAAGAUACCAUUUUUGCUAACAUAGAUGAGCCUGCUGCUGGAAGAGAAAUGUCAUAUGGCGGUUUGGAAUCCUUUUGGAGCGAAAUGGCUCAGGCCGGAUUGCCUGUGAAUGUUGGUGAACAGAUGUUCUUGACUAUGUUUAACGUGAUUACAAGCAUGUUAUGGGGUGGCACAGUGAAGGGUGAGGAAAGAGCUAAUCUUGGGUCAGAGUUUAGGCAUGUUGUGUAUGGAAUUACUGAGCUGUUAGGUAUUCCAAAUGUUUCCGAUUUGCUUGGACUGGUUCGAUUUGCAGGGUGUUACAAAGAAGAUGAAAGUGUUGGCAAAGAGAUUUGA